CCCCUGAAAAAGAAUUUCCUCCUGAGCGCUCAAACUCUCAUUUGAGUUCAGAGAAACCUACAAACCAGUAACAUGGAAAUGCUCUUUCUCGUCUUAUUAACACUGGAGCGUUUUUAUGCAUUAAGCGGCUUUCUGAUCGCACACACUAAUAAAGGGUUAUGUCUGAGCACACACAAUAGUGUGGUGGUCCUGAGGGAGUGUGAUGAGAGUAACCCAUCUCAGCAGUGGAUCUGGACCAGCACCAUGAGACUCAAUCACACACUUAUGUCCAGAUGUCUGUGGGUCAAUCAGAGCACCACAAUCCCACACCACGCUCGGCUGGUCAAACUCAGGGACUGCGAUACUGCACCGGCAUGGAAGUGUUACAACCAUGGAGGGAUCUUUGGUUUGGCAGAGAUGCCGAUGUUCCUGAAAAAACAGGGUGAACGGGCCAUUGUCACCUUUGAGCAAAGGUUUUCAAACUGGUCCAUGAUCACGAUGGACUCUGAGGGCAAACGGGUUUCCAAGUCUCUCUGCCCUGCCACAGGCCCGUCCACAGUUUCACCAAUGACACAGUUUCCAAGGAAACAGGUUUCAGUAAAUACCACAGGGAAAAUGAUCACUCUAACAGUCCCUGACAUUACUCAAAGCAGAGUGGUGACCCACCUCAGUAACACAGUCAGAAGCAGAACUAAACGGACUGCUACCACUGGUCUUGGUGAUCUGACAACGUUUACUGCCGAAACAGACUUUAAGGAGAACUACACUCAAACGUCUGAGACAGAAUCAUCCUACGAGAUGAGUGAUAUUACAGAUGUGUCCUCGACUACUCUGAUGGUAACGAGAACUCCUCAUGUACCUCAGAAUUUCACCCAGAAUAGAGUUGACAUGACAGAGAUGACUUCAGAUGUUAUGGAGCAGACCCACAUCCCUCUGAUUUCUCAGACAGAGUUAACUAUCUCCACAACAGAUGCUGAGUCUUCAGUUCCUUUGAAUGUGAGGACUGAAACUCAGACCACUUUAGACUUUAAUACAGGACCGUCUGAAGCUAACAGCAGUGAUGUAGAUCCUACACUGACUGAGAGUUCAACCAGUAGUUUCCCAGUGUCAAACACAGAUGGCGCAUGGACAAAUGCCACAACCAAAAGCUCAACCACGACAAAGAACAUCAAAGAUGUUCAGACUCUGUUGCCCUUUAAAACCAGAACGACCCGAGCAAUUACUGAAGUUCUUCCUAAUACAGAUAUUAGAGCUACUCCAAGUACAGCCACCAGUUCUGCUAAAACUAGAGCAAGUGCAACAACUACCCUUACAGCCCUGUACACAUCUACAGCUGCCCUGGACACAGACGCGUUCACAUCAGCUACUUACACAACUACUGUGGCUCCAGCUACAACUGUAGAAACAGCCACAACCACCAUCACCACCACUGCUGCUCUGAGCACAAGAACCACACCUCCACCAUCUACUGUCACUCCUACCAUGGCUUCCACAGCAAAGUUUAUAACGACGGAAGCUGUCGGGUGUCUGGUGAAUGUGACUGCAGAGAGUAUUAAUAUGGAUUAUUGUGUGUUUAAUUUCACAACACCUGGAAAAUCCUGUAGCUUCAUUAUGACUGAUGCUUCUCACUUCACAAGAUGUUCUGAAGAUAUCAAGCAGCCCAACCAUUAUACAUGCCUGAUGAUGGGUUUGACUCCUGGUGCUACCUAUUUGUUUGGAAUAAUGUCUCAGAAUGAUGGCAUUCGUUUUAAUGUUACAGUUCAAACUGCUCCUGCUCCUGUCACAUCACUGACUCUCCAGAGCAACGGCAGUCAGGACUCUCUUAAAGCCACCUGGAUUCCUGCUGUCGGAUACACGGAUUCCUACGAGCUCUCUCUUUCAUCCUCCAUCUCUUCAGAAGAGGACCUUACCCUACCUCCAAAUGCAACUCAUUGGGUUUUUAGCGGCUUGACACCUGGAAAAACUUAUCAAGUUUCGGUGAAGACAAAGAGAGGAGAACUAACAGCUGAGACCAGGACAAUAGGGAGAACAGCACCAGGAUGGGUGGCUCAUCUCAAGCUGGAAGCCCUUAAUGAGAAGACCCUGCGGUUGUCCUGGUCUCCUCCUGAUGGUGACUGGGAUUUCUACCGUAUCCUGCUGUUCAAUGGCUCUUUUGUGCUGAUGAACCGGACGAUUGAAAGGAAUCUUGUGGAGUUCUGCUUCACUAACUGGACUCUGAUUCCGGGCCGUCUGUACAGAGCUGCUGUGAGUGUGGAGAGCGGAUAUCUGAGCUCAACCACAGGCUGCCACGGGAGACUAGCUCCCCGGUCAGUUCAGAGGCUGAAUGUCCAUCACAGUACAGAGACCACCCUGAGCGCUGUGUGGAACCAUCCUCUCGGCGAGUGGGACAACUACACCAUCCUGCUAAAGGAUGAAGACAUGACUGUGGACACACAGACAUUAGCCCAUGAUGCACAGGAAUGCAACUUUAAUAACCUGAUGCCUGGACAUACCUAUACGAUCACCGUGACGACCAAAAGUGGAGAUCUGAAUAGUUCAGCCCACGUCACAGGAAGAACCAUCCCUGCACAGGUCACAAAGCUGUGGGUCAGCAAUCAGGGCAGCACAGACGCUCUGCUGGUAUGCUGGGACGUGGCAGCCGGUGAGGUGGAUCUGUACCGCGUGCUCCUCAUCCAUGACAGCGUGGUCAUGAAGAAUGAAAGUGUGCCACCCAAUGUCACCUCCUACCACUUCCAGGGCUUGAGAUCCGGCACUUUGUACAGGACAGUGGUGACCACAGUACACAGGGGCGACCUCUCACGCCAGGCGGUGGCUGAUGGACGCACAGCACCAGGAUGGGUGGCUCAUCUCAAGCUGGAAGCCCUUAAUGAGAAGACCCUGCAGUUGUCCUGGUCUCCUCCUGAUGGCGACUGGGAUUUCUACCGUAUCCUGCUGUUCAAUGGCUCUUCUGUGCUGAUGAACCGGACGAUUGAAAGGAAUCUUGUUGAGUUCUGCUUCACUAACUGGACUCUGAUUCCGGGCCGUCUGUACAGAGCUGCUGUGAGUGUGGAGAGCGGAUAUCUGAGCUCAACCGCAGGCUGCCACGGGAGACUAGCUCCCCGGUCAGUUCAGAGGCUGAAUGUCCAUCACAGUACAGAGACCACCCUGAGCGCUGUGUGGAACCAUCCUCUCGGCGAGUGGAACAACUACACCAUCCUGCUAAAGGAUGAAGACACGACUGUGGACACACAGACAUUAGCCCAUGAUGCACAGGAAUGCAACUUUAAUAACCUGAUGCCUGGACAUACCUAUAUGAUCACCGUGACGACCAAUAGUGGAGAUCUGAGUAGUUCGGCCCACGUCACAGGAAGAACCAUCCCUGCACAGGUCACAAAGCUGCGGGUCAGCAAUCAGGGCAGCACAGACGCUCUGCAGGUACGCUGGGACGUGGCAGCCGGUGAGGUGGAUCUGUACCGCGUGCUCCUCAUCCAUGACAGCGUGGUCAUGAAGAAUGAAAGUGUGCCACCCAAUGUCACCUCCUACCACUUCCAGGGCUUGAGAUCCGGCACUUUGUACAGGACAGCGGUGACCACAGUACACAGGGGCGACCUCUCACGCCAGACAGUGGCUGAUGGACGCACAGCACCAGGAUGGGUGGCUCAUCUCAAGCUGGAAGCCCUUAAUGAGAAGACCCUGCGGUUGUCCUGGUCUCCUCCUGAUGGCGACUGGGAUUUCUACCGUAUCCUGCUGUUCAAUGGCUCUUCUGUGCUGAUGAACCGGACGAUUGAAAGGAAUCUUGUGGAGUUCUGCUUCACUAACUGGACUCUGAUUCCGGGCCGUCUGUACAGAGCUGCUGUGAGUGUGGAGAGCGGAUAUCUGAGCUCAACCGCAGGCUGCCACGGGAGACUAGCUCCCCGGUCAGUUCAGAGGCUGAAUGUCCAUCACAGUACAGAGACCACCCUGAGCGCUGUGUGGAACCAUCCUCUCGGCGAGUGGGACAACUACACCAUCCUGCUAAAGGAUGAAGACGCGACUGUGGACACACAGACAUUAGCCCAUGAUGCACAGGAAUGCAACUUUAAUAACCUGAUGCCUGGACAUACCUAUACGAUCACCGUGAUGACCAAUAGUGGAGAUUUGAGUAGUUCGGCCCACGUCACAGGAAGAACCAUCCCUGCACAGGUCACAAAGCUGCGGGUCAGCAAUCAGGGCAGCACAGACGCUCUGCAGGUACGCUGGGACGUGGCAGCCGGUGAGGUGGAUCUGUACCACGUGCUCCUCAUCCAUGACAGCGUGGUCAUGAAGAAUGAAAGUGUGCCACCCAAUGUCACCUCCUACCACUUCCAGGGCUUGAGAUCCGGCACUUUGUACAGGACAGUGGUGACCACAGUACACAGGGGCGACCUCUCACGCCAGACGGUGGCUGAUGGACGCACAGCACCAGGAUGGGCGGGUCAUCUCAAGCUGGAAGCCCUUAAUGAGAAGACCCUGCGGUUGUCCUGGUCUCCUCCUGAUGGCGACUGGGAUUUCUACCGUAUCCUGCUGUUCAAUGGCUCUUCUGUGCUGAUGAACCGGACGAUUGAAAGGAAUCUUGUGGAGUUCUGCUUCACUAACUGGACUCUAAUUCCGGGCCGUCUGUACAGAGCUGCUGUGAGUGUGGAGAGCGGAUAUCUGAGCUCAACCGCAGGCUGCCACGGGAGACUAGCUCCCCGGUCAGUUCAGAGGCUGAAUGUCCAUCACAGUACAGAGACCACCCUGAGCGCUGUGUGGAACCAUCCUCUCGGCGAGUGGAACAACUACACCAUCCUGCUAAAGGAUGAAGACACGACUGUGGACACACAGACAUUAGCCCAUGAUGCGCUGGAAUGCAACUUUAAUAACCUGAUGCCUGGACAUACCUAUACGAUCACCGUGACGACCAAUAGUGGAGAUCUGAGUAGUUCGGCCCACGUCACAGGAAGAACCAUCCCUGCACAGGUCACAAAGCUGCGGGUCAGCAAUCAGGGCAGCACAGACGCUCUGCUGGUAUGCUGGGAUGUGGCAGCUGGUGAGGUGGAUCUGUACCGCGUGCUCCUCAUCCAUGACAGUGUGGUCAUGAAGAAUGAAAGUGUGCCACCCAAUGUCACCUCCUACCACUUCCUGGGCUUGAGAUCCGGCGCUUUGUACAGGACAGUAGUGACUACAGUGCACAGGGGCGACCUCUCACGCCAGACAGUGGCUGAUGGACGCACAGUUCCAGCCACAGUGAGAGAUGUGACGGUGAGCAACAACGGGCGUAUGGACUUCCUGAGCGUGUCCUGGAGAGCAGCUGAAGGAGACGUGGACAGUUACUCCGUCACUCUGAGAGAUCAGGAGAGAACUAUUCAUACCCUCACCGUGUCUAAGUUCAGUACAGAGUGUGUUUUUAAGUCUCUGGUGUCUGGACGUCUCUACAACAUCUCCAUCAGCACCUGCAGUGGAGAGUAUGAAAACUACACCGUGGUUCAGGAGCGCACACAACCUUCCACGGUGUUGAACCCUACAGCCACACACAUGGCUCGUGACGACCAUCUAAAGGUGUACUGGUGGCACGCAGCUGGAGACUUUGACUACUAUCAUGUCUCAAUCAAGCACAACAACAUAUUCCACCAGAACAAGACGGUCCCCAAGACUCAGAACGAAUGUGUGUUCAGUGGGCUGGUACCAGGCAGACUCUACACUGUGAUUGUCAGCACAUGGAGUGGGAAAUAUGAGUCUAGUGUCUCAACUCAUGGAAGGACAUUGCCAGCAGGAGUGUGGAACCUGACACUAGCUGACAGUGGCACAGAGGAUCUGCUGGUGACGUGGGUUUCUGCUCCCGGAGAUGUGGAUCAUUAUGAGGUUCAGCUGCUCUUUAAUGACAUGAAGGUGUUUCCACCAAUCACACUAACCAGCAGCACCAACAGAUACAUGCUCUCUUCACUCACCCCUGGAAGACUCUACAAAAUUGUGGUGUCCACCUUUAGUGGACCAAACCUCAGUGUGCAGUUUAUCAAAGGCAGAACAGUUCCCAGUAAAGUGAAGAACAUUCAUAUCAGUAAUGCUGGUCAGAGCAGCAGUCUUAGAGUGAAUUGGACACCUGGACAGGGCGAUGUGGACCGGUACGCUGUGUCACUGUCCCAGAUGAGCAGUCAGGCAGAGGAGAAAUCAGUCCCUAAACAUGUGAAUGAGAUCAUUUUCCAGGGCCUAUUGCCAGGACAACAGUACAUGAUAACCGUUACAUCAAUCAGCGGAUCUCUGAUCAAUAACAGCACAGCAACAGGACGAACAGUUCCCUCCUCCGUGACUGCUCUACAGGUGGAGAACCAGCACAGCACAUCUUGUCUACUGGUGUCAUGGCAGGCGGGUCAAGGGGUGUAUGACAGCUAUCGACUGCAGCUGCUGGAUGACAGAGGAACUCUGGUGUCUAAUAGCUGUCAAACUGCAGAAGCCAGCCAGCAUGACUUCAGACAGCUCACUCCAGGAAAAAAAUAUCGCGUUGUGAUGCAAACCAUCAGUGGAGGAAUCAGCAGCGAAGAUGUCAUGACUGAGGGCAGAACCAGUCCAGCGACUGUUAAUAACCUGUCCAUCAUAAGCAACACGACCACAAGCCUGUCGUUCAACUGGGAUCUACCAGACGGGGAGUUUGAUGGAUUUGAUGUUUUUCUGUAUGCUAGAGAUAAAAGCUUGCAUGAUCAGAAAACGGGAAUGGUGAACAUGCAGGACUGUUCUUUCCAGAACCUUCAACCUGGGACGCUGUACAAGGUGGUUGUUCUGACCCGCAGUGGAGAUCAGACCAAUGACACAUCCAUCUGGGCCCGAACAGUUCCUGCAGCUGUGACGUUCUUGCGUGCUGACAGUAGAACAAGCUCUGAGAGCCUGUGGUUGAGCUGGGAACAGGACAGGGGUGAAGUGAGCAGCUACACCCUCCUGAUCUACAAUCCUGAUGGGACUCAACAAGCGGAGCAGAGUUUGGGCCCGGAGAGCAGAAGUUACACUUUUCAAAGGCUGGUGUCUGGACGACUUUACCAGGCUGUCGUCCUUACACACAGUGGAGAUCUGACCAACAUGGCAAAUACUACUGGCAGGACAGACCCUAGGCCACCAGUCUCAUUCUCCUUUGGAGAAAUCACUAACACCUCACUGGAGAUCACCUGGAGCAGUCCAGAAAACACUGAUUAUGAUGACUUUGACCUUCAGUGGAGCCCCAGGGAUCAUCUGUCUGUGUUCAACCCCUACCACAGCCCCAGAUCUGGAAACCGUAUUCUGAAAGGCAUGUACCCUGGCCGUCAGUACAACAUCAGCCUGCGUACAGUCAGCGGCGCCGGAACCAACAACCCUACCUACAGCUCUCAAGUCCACAGGAGCAUCAGGACAAAGCCGGAGCGUGUCCAGAGUCUGCACUGCCGUCCUCAGAACUCUACAGCCAUUUCGUGUUUCUGGAGUCCACCCGAAGCUGACUUUGACUCGUACACCAUAGAGUGCUUGAGAAAGGACUCUCAGAGAAUGGUGUACUCACAGCGCACAGUCAAAGAGAACACCGUCUAUCUGAUCAAAGAUCUAGAGCCUCAUAAGCAGUACAUCGUCUCUGUCAAAGUCAUCUCUGACAGCAUGACCAGUGAGGCAGUCAUGGAAAAUGUGGUCACAAUGAUAGACCGUCCACCUCUGCCCUCAAUUCGCAUUGAUGAGAAUACAGUUCAGGUUACCAAGUCAACCAUAUUCUUCCAGUUCAACUGCAGCUGGUUCAGUGAUAUCAACGGUGCUGUGAAACACUUCACCAUCAUCAUAACUGAAUCUGCUGACAGUGAAAACCAGCAGCCAUACCAGCAUCAUCCUCUUCCCUCAUACCUGGACUACAGAUCCAACAGCUCGGUCAAAGCUUAUCAGACCAGUUACUUCCUCAGCCACUGUGAUGAGAGCCAGAACACAGUGCAGGAGUUUGAGAUUCAUCUGGGAUCGGGCAUGGAGAGACUUGGAGGACGAUGUGAUCAGAAAACAUCAACUGAUGCCUCGCAACACCAGGCGAUCUUCUGUGAUGGGCAACUGAAACCCAAGACAGCAUACAGGCUCAGUGUUCGAGCGUUUACAAAACUUUUUGAUGAGAAACAUCAGGAGUUUCUCUCUCCGCUCUAUACUGAUACAUACCUGUCCAAGCCCAUCAUGACAGACGCAGAGCCAUUGAGUGGGGUCAUCGAAGGGGUCAGUGCUGGACUCUUCCUCAUCGCCACCAUGGUGGGAUUAAUUGUUCUGCUGAUCUGCAGACGCAAAGUCCACAAAAUGAGUGCACAAGAGCCUGUGGUCAGAAUGAGUUUGAGAAGAGAAAGACAACCCUCAGGAACUCACGUCAUUGUUAGAGGGAACCGUCGUGUCUCAAGUCCCAUCAGCAUCACAAAUUUUGAGUCACAUUUAGCUAAACUUCGAGCAGACUCCAACUACCUCCUUUCUGAGGAAUAUGAGGACCUGAAGGAUGUUGGUCGUAACCAACUUCAAGACGCGGCAUUAUUGCCUGAAAACAGAGGCAAAAAUCGAUACAACAAUAUACUGCCUUAUGAUUCUACACGGGUGAAGCUGUCCUAUGUUGAUGAUGACUCCUGCUCAGAUUAUAUUAAUGCCAGCUAUAUUCCUGGCAAUAACUUCAGACGGGAGUAUAUAGCAACUCAGGGUCCUUUGCCUGGCACUAAAGAUGAUUUCUGGAAGAUGGUCUGGGAGCAGAAUGUGCACAACAUAGUUAUGGUGACACAGUGUGUUGAGAAAGGAAGGGUGAAGUGUGACCAUUACUGGCCAUUUGAUCAGGAGUCGCUGUACUAUGGGGAUCUGGUUGUUCAGAUGCAGUCAGAAUCUGUGCUGCCUGAGUGGACCAUCCGAGAAUUCAAGAUCUGUAAUGAGGAACAGCUGAGUUAUUCCCGAGUCGUACGUCAGUUUCAUUACACUGUGUGGCCGGAUCACGGAGUUCCAGAGAUCACGCAGUCGCUCAUUCAGUUCGUGCGGACUGUGAGAGACUAUAUCAACCGGACACCCUUCUCUGGAGCCACUGUAGUGCACUGCAGUGCUGGAGUGGGGCGCACUGGAACCUUUAUCGCUCUUGACCGAGUCCUUCAGCAGCUGGACACUAGAGACGCAGUGGACAUCUACAGUGUUGUGUUUGAUCUGAGGCUUCAUCGCACACACAUGGUGCAGACAGAGUGCCAGUACUCAUACCUCUAUCAGUGCGUGCGAGACGUGCUCCGUGCGAGAAAACUGCGCAGUGAACAGGAGAACCUUUUGUAUCCCAUCUAUGAAAAUGUGCAUCCGGAUUACCACAGAGAUGUUGUCUACUCCAAACGCUGAUGAGAAGGUG